AUGGAGUGCAGCCAGAAGGACGCAGUGUGGCCACUGAGCGCCGUCCAGCGGGGCCUGCGGGUUCUGGGUCUCUGGUCCCCGUCCCAGGCCCGGCGGCUCCCCCAGCUGCUGGCGCUGUGCUGUGUGAUGGCCGCCCACGCCUUCCUGCUGCUCACCAACAACGGCAGCCUCAUCAUGGACACGCCGUCGGACCUGCCGCAGCUCUCCUUCACAGCCUACAACUCGCUCACCGUCAUCGGCCUCACAGCAAAGGUGGUGUCUUUCCCGCUGGAAGGCGCCAGGCUGUCGCGGAUGCUGCAGCUGCUGGCCGAGGCUCGCCGGCGCUUCCCCGACUCCGAGGGCCGCCGCGACCACCACCACCACAUGGCCCUCAGGCUGCAUCGUUUCCUGCAGGUGUCGUACAGGAUGAACUCGGCCAUGUGGACGGUCGCUCCUAUCGUAGCCGGCGCCAUCGCCUCGGCGCGAUCGGACGGACGCCCGGUGAAGCGGGGCUUCAUGAUGCCCCUGUGGCUGCCGUUGGACACGCAGUCGUCGCCCACGUACGAGAUCCUGCUGGGCGUACAGGUGCCGUGCUGCUGGAUCUGCUCGGAGACGUCGGUGCUGCUGGACUGCGCCAUGCUGGCGCUGAUGCUGCAGGCAGCCGCCGAGCUGGCCGUCCUCAACGACAGGCUCUCCGGCGUCGGCGCGGGGCGGGCCCCGAGUGCCGCGCUCCCCGCCUGCUACAAGGACACGCCUCCAGCAAAAGCUGAAGGAAAACCUGCCGGCGCAGCUGAGGCCCGAAGUCCUCUGUAUUCACAUGAUGAGAUGUUCCGCUGCCUCGUGGAGAACAUAAAUCACCAUCAGAUCAUUAUAAAUUACAUGCACCUGCUGCAGAUGCUUCUCAGUCGCGGGAUAUCUGUGUUACUCAUCUGCAACACCAUCUCCAUUUGCUUCCACAUCGUAGCGACAGUGGCAUUGCUGCAGGAAGAUAUUGAGCCUGUCGGGAUGACAAAGAUGGUGCUGGGGUCGACCCUCUAUGCUUACCAGACAGCGAUUUUGUGUCUGUUGGGGCAAAGGAUCACUACACAGAGCGAGCGGCUGCCCGCGUCGGCGUUCAGCUGCGACUGGCCGGCCGCAGACGGCCGCUUCCGCCGGCUGCUGAUCGUCUUCUGCGUCCGCUCCUCGCAGGCGCUCGUCAUCCGCGUCUGCGGCCUCUACUCGCUGUCCAGGGAGACGCUGCUCCAGGUGGGCACCACUGUCCCCAUAGCCUAG